AGCUGCUCGUUCCUCAAAGUGCACGCAGGUGCAAAGUUGGAGUGCUCCAAAUGCUGCAGAUCAAAUUUUUGUUUUUUGAAAUAUUGAAAAAUUAACUAUUGGUGAAUAUGGAGAAAAAUCCGAAAUAUGAAAGUGAACGAAAAGGUUCUUUUUUUGGCGCUCGUCAUGUACAGUGUUUCAUGGUAUUCCUUGGCCUUACUGUCGCUUUUGCACAGCGCGUUAAUUUAUCAGUAGCAAUUGUGGCGAUGCUGGACCGAAAUUCGACGAAUCCGGACUUUGAGGAAUACAAUUGGUCGGAGAAAACGAAGUCCUACGUACUGAGUGGCUUCUUUUGGGGUUAUUUCGUGACGCAAAUACCUGGCGGUCAGUUGGCACAGAAAUAUGGUGGCAAAAUAAUGUUGCUUGUUAGCAUAACCACCAGUAGUGUCUUGGCUUUGCUAACGCCAUUGAGUUGCCACAUUGGCGACUGGAAAUUACUCUUUGCUGUACGUGUGCUACAAGGCCUGAUACAGGGCUGCAUUUUCCCCUCAACACAUACCAUACUUUCGAAGUGGGUGCCACCAGUGGAACGUGGUUCGAUUGGCACAUUCUGCUUUACGGGCGUACAAUUCGGCAGUGUCGUCAUGAUGGCUAUCAGCGGUACAAUAGCUUCGUCUUCAUUUGGUUGGCCGGGUAUUUUCUAUGUCUCCGGUUUGGCCAGCUUACUAUGGGCUUUGGUAUGGUAUUUUAUUGGUGCCAGUUCACCAAGUGAUUACAAGUGGAUAUCGGAUGAGGAGAAAGUGUAUAUUGAAUCAUCAUUGGUGACAGUGAGCAAAUCGGAAGGAGAAGAACAUAAGCCAACUAAGACACCAUGGAUUAAGAUAAUCACGUCCCCACCAUUCUUGGUUAUACUCAUAGCACAAAGCUCGUUCGGUUGGGGCUUCUGGACGUUGCUCAUACAAAUACCAUCGUAUAUGAAACAUAUACUCAAGCUGGAUAUUAAGGUUAAUGCACUCAUGUCUUCGCUGCCUUAUCUCGUAAAUAUGUGUUUGACAUUUGCCUUCUGUGGCAUCAAUGAUUUCCUGAUCAAACGUGAUUACAUAAAUAGGGGUACAAGUAGAAAACUCUUCAAUACAAUCGGCUUCUGGUUGCCCGUUGCGCCGCUCAUCCUACUUGGUUAUAUGCGUGCGGAUCAAAGCAAUUUGGCGGUGGGCUUACUCGUAAUGCUCAUCGGUGUGAAUUCAGCUGCAUAUUUGGGUUUCCUGACAAAUCACAUUGAUUUGUCGCCCAACUAUGCCGGCGUUCUUAUGGGCGUGGCCAAUUGCAUGGCGAAUUUGAUGAGCGUAUUGGCGCCACUGCUUGUGGGUUUCAUCGUCACCAAUACGGAAGAUGUUGGGCAAUGGCGUAUCAUUUUUUAUGUAACAGCUGGCUUUUAUUUUGUUGGAAAUCUUUUAUUCAUUAUUUUCGGUCAAGUCAAAAUCCAAAAAUGGAACUAUCCGAAGGAAUUACAGCAACAAAGGGAUCACAUUAAAUUUCAGCCAGUCAAUGCUGAGAAGGAAGUUUAUUAAUAUUUAUUUUUUUGUUAAUAUAUUUUCGCUAAACAAAAGAUUAUGUACCGUAAUAUGCUGGUCAUUAGUUUACUGUUAUUAUAUUAAGAAAAGAGAUAAGGUUUUGAAAAGUCAUUAAUUAUCGCAUAAUUGAAUAAAUAAAUAAAGUUAAUUACGUAAUUGUAGUUAGCCUCAUUUAGCAUGA